CACAGCGCCUCCUCGGAACUUGUACGUUUCUCUCCCGGUGAAACGCGUCCGUCCGUAGCCUUCACUCUGCAGUUGCACGCUGCACUACAGUUGGGAACUUUUCAACACUGGUUGUACAUGAGGACCGAGGUCCAGGAGACAUACAAUCCGUCCAGAAAAGCAAUCAAUAAAAGGACUCUGAAGUGAAGUUGAUGUUUCAUUUGGGAGCAUUUCCCUCAACAUGAGGGUCCGGUACUGAUUUUUGGAUACUGAACACAAGUUGCCUGUUGCUGAAUAUCCGCUUCUCUCGGCGAACAGAACUGGGCGCAAUUACGCACGGAGAGCAGCAUGGCACCGAUUUUGGAUAGACGUGCUCCCGCUUUGCUCUUGGUUUGGAGCUACUGCGUCCUAGCCGAUACCGCUUUUACGAACUUUACUCUGGACAAUGAGUUCCACUCCAGUUUCAUCCACCGUCGACUGAAGAGCCAGGAGCGCAGAGAGAUGCAGCGGGAGAUCCUGUCGAUCUUGGGGCUGCCGCACCGGCCGCGACCCCACCUCCACGGAAAGCACAACGCUGCCCCGAUGUUUAUGUUGGACUUGUACAAUGCCAUGUCCACGGAGGGGGACGAGGACAGAUACUCCUACCCCUACAAGCCCGUCUUCACCACCCAGGGGCCCCCGAUAGCCAGCCUGCAGGACAACAACUUCUUGAACGAUGCAGACAUGGUCAUGAGCUUUGUGAAUUUAGUGGAGCAUGAUAAGGAGUUCCUACCAGUGCGGCGGCAUCAUCGAGAGUUCCGGUUCGAUCUGUCACGAAUCCCUGAAGGGGAGGCGGUUACUGCUGCUGAGUUUCGUAUUUAUAAAGACUUCAUCCAUGAACGUUACGAUAAUGAGACCUUCCGUAUCAGCGUCUACCAGGUGUUGGAGGAACACUCUGACAGGGAGUCAGACCUGUUUCUGCUGGACUCGAGGGUGAUCUGGGCAGCAGAGGAGGGCUGGUUGGUAUUUGACGUGACAGCCACCAGUAACCACUGGGUCCUGAACCCCGGCAGAAACUUGGGCCUACAGUUGGCCCUGGAGAGCACAAGUGGAGAGAGUAUCAAUCCUCGUGUGGCAGGUCUGAUUGGUCGCAGUGGGCCUCAGAAUAAACAGCCCUUCAUGGUGGCCUUCUUCAAAGCCACUGAGGUGCACCUGCGAAGCAUCCGCUCAGCGUCAGGGGGGGCCAAACAGCGAAACUCCAACCGAUCCAAAGGGGCGAAGAGCCAAGAGGCACUCAGAGUGGCCAAUGUUGCAGAAAACAGCAGUACUGAUCAGAAGCAGGCGUGUAAGAAGCAUGAGCUCUACGUCAGUUUCCGAGACUUGGGGUGGCAGGACUGGAUCAUCGCUCCAGAAGGGUACGCAGCAUAUUACUGCGAGGGAGAGUGUGCCUUCCCUCUGAACUCCUACAUGAAUGCCACAAACCACGCCAUUGUGCAAACCCUCGUUCAUUUCAUCAACCCAGACACAGUCCCCAAACCUUGCUGUGCUCCCACGCAGCUCCACGCCAUCUCCGUGCUCUACUUUGAUGACAGCUCCAACGUCAUCCUCAAAAAAUACCGCAACAUGGUGGUCAGAGCUUGUGGCUGCCACUAAGGCUGUCGACGUCUUCACACGGACACACGCGUACGCACACACUCACGAGGGCUUCCUCCUUGCUGUCGUUUUGAAAUGUUGAGAAGGGAUUGCAAAAAUGUAGUAUGUGAGUUUUAGGGAUGUUCCGAGAAUUCAGGACAGCUUCCCGUGUGGAAUGAGCUCUUGUUUCAUUUUCAAAGUUUUCCUGAACAUAGCCUUGUUUUGUGUGGCCAAACAUCAAGCUGAACCAAUUUAAGACUCCUCGCCACAAGGGCGCACAUACACACUCACAUUUGUGCUUUCUACUGUGUAUACAAGACAUUUAAAGCAGUGAUUGUACUGUAUAUUCAUUCAGUCCACAAUCUUUUGUUUUUAUCAAGAAUUUUUAUAAUUAUUGUAGUUUUUUUUUUUUUUUUUUUAAACUGUAGAUGCAAUGAUCAGCCACAACAUUAAUACCACCUGCCUACCUAUCGUGUAGGUCCCCCUUUUGCUGCCAAAAUGGGACAUGGACACGACACCUCUGAUGGUGUCUGGCACUAGGACGGAUCCUUUGGGUCCUGUGGCUUGUAGAGACUUUUGACGAUCGUGGGUCUCAGACGCUCAAUUGGAGUGGGAUCUUUAGAGUCUGGAAGUCAGGUCAAUGGCUUGUUCUUUGUUGGAUUCUUUGAGCUUUUCUUGCACCGUUCCUUCAGUGUGCCAGCAAGCGUUGUUGAAGCUGAGAAACGGGGAUGGAAUUUGUAUUUCUUCUGUGUACAAUACUGUGUAAAUAUUUUUUUUUCAGACAAAGCAAGUGUAUUUAUUUCCUGAAAUGUCACUUGGAUUUGUGUUUUGUUUUUUUCCUGUAUGCAAUGCUGCCUGUUUUUUCUCUCUCGUGAUAGUACACUCGAGGAAAUGAAAGGAAAGUUGACAGAAAGCUACUCUGACAUGAGCGCUGAGAGCAAACUCGGUGCACCUCCGUUUGCCUCGUAAACCCGUCCCUGUUUUUAUAGCAACAAAUAACCGAGCUGUCAGAGGGAGCGAGAAGAGGGGAAGCUUUGUAGGAAGUGUCUUGUUCUGUGUGAUCGACAUUUUCAGGUUUAUAUUUCUCUGCUGUAAUACAAUCUUUCAUAUUUAAAAGGUCUAUUUAUUGAGAGCUGGCUAAUCUGUUCAACAGUGGGCUCCAAUGUCUCAACUAUGUUUUACUGCUGAACUGGUACAAUAAACUGGGAGAAAAGCAACAAA